AUGAUUGAAAAUAAAACUGAAUCAAAUGGAAUAAAAAGGAGAAAAGCAAAUUCAGUCAUUCACAAAGAUAUGAAGAUGGAUUAUUAUUACUUUUCAAAACAUUUAACAAUAACAAACAUUUAUCAAUCAUUAUGCAAUGAAUUUCGAUUGUUAAAAUAUAUCACAAAUAAUUGGCUCUUAUCAAAUCAACAUAAUAAUCAAAAUGCUUUUAAAUAUAUUCAACAUUCAAUUGAUGGUUGUAUUCCACGCACAUUAAAAGUAAAUGCGCAACGUGUUAUACGUGAAGAUGGCAAAAUAUAUAUCGCAUGUGAGGGGCCUAAUUAUGGUACAGUUUAUGAUUUUUGGACACUUGUUUGGCAGGAAAAUGUAAAAACUAUAAUAUCAUUGAAUUUUCCGUAUGAGGAAUGCCUUUAUCCGGAUUCAUAUCAGAAAAAAUAUGAAACAAUUCAAUAUUGGCCUAUUGUCAAUGGUAAAACAUAUAAUUAUAUGCCAUUUAAAAUAACUUGCAUUAAUAGUUUUAUGAUGGCAGAUUGUAAACAUUAUGCAACUAAUACUAAAGAAUGUGUUUAUCGAUUAACACAACUUUGUAUACAAAAUUGUAAACAAAAAAAUGACCGUUAUCUUACACAUAUAUGUUAUUAUCGUUGGCCAGAUGGACGUUUGCCAUUACCUUGGGGAAGAGAAAAUACCUUAGCUAAAGCUGCUAAUACAUUAUUGAAAUUAUUUUUAAUGGUAAGCAAUGAUAAAACAUUAAUACAUUGUCAUGCAGGUCGUGGUCGUACAGGUGUUCUUCUUGCAUUAGAUUUUGCUAUGCAUCAACUUAGAAAUUUACAAACUGUAAAUAUUAAGGCAAUAAUUGAAAAAAUUCGACAACAACGACCAGGUGCUGUAAUCAAUCACUGGCAAUAUAUUUAUAUUAAUUUAAUUAUUGCUGAACAGGUUAAUUAA